GACAUUGACCUCACCAAGAGAGCAGGAGAACUCACUGAGGGUGAGGUGGAAAGUGUGAUCACCAUUAUGCAGAAUCCACGCCAAGAUAAGAUCCCAGACUGGUUCUUGAACAGAGAGAAGGAUGGAAAGGAUGGAAAAUACAGCCAGGUCCUAGCCAAUGGUCUGGACAACAAGCUCCGUGAAGACCAUGGGCGACUGAAGAAGAUUCGGGCCCAUAGAGGGCUUCACCACUUCUGGGGUCCAAUUUGUGUCCGAGGCCAGCACACCAAGACCACUGGCCACCGUGGCCGCACCGUGGGUGUACCCAAGAAGAAAUAAGUCUGUAGGCCUUGGCUGUUAAUAAAUAGUUUAUAUACCGAAAAAAAAAAAAAAA